UCAGUCCAUGAUGAGAGAGAUAAUCUGAUGUCUUCUAUAUUCGCUUCUGCUUUGUUUAUUUCUUCUUCUAAUCGCUUUAAUUGCGCUUCUAAUUUGAUCGCCUUUAUUUGGUUUGAAUCGCCUUCUUUGAUAUUGUCAACCCAUUCUUCUUUUGCCUUUAUUUUUGCUAAUGCUCUGAUUGCAUUAACAAUUGUUGUUUUGAUUGGUGAUGCCAUUAUUAUUUCAGAAAAUUGCCUUUAG